AUGACGAGCGGCUGGAGCGCCGACUUCCUGCAAGGCACCUCGGGGGCCUGGCAGCAGCAGCACCUCCAGCGUGAGCAGGUCGCGGCUCGCCUCGCGCUGCUGCGUGAACAGGAGGAGCGCGUGGAGGCCGAGCUGCAGCGUUGUCAGGCGUCUCUCCGCGAGCAACUCUGUGCGCAAGAGGCUUCCCGCUUCCCCCCCGGGGGAGGGCCUCCGCUCUCGCGACCCCUUCCAGGAGCGACCGUUGAUUCCCCGGCGUUUUGCGCGGCUCCAGGCGUGCCGCUGUCUGUGCCGGCGGCGCUCUCGCCCUCGCACGGCCUUGCGCCGAUGCCACCCAAUCUCUUCGCACCGACAAAGGCGCCUGUCACCGUUGGAAACUCGUCCUUCUCACCGUCUCAGCCGCUUCUUCAGAGCUACGCUGUGGAAGCGCUCGCGGCGAGCGGCUUCUCCCGCGGGCCUUCGCCAGCCCGAGAGGUCCUGCGCGGCUGCGCGGCGGAGAGCCCGCCGGAGGCGCGGAGCUUGCCCUUGCUUGGGGCGUCCGCAGUCUCGGCUGAGGGCCUCGCGACCCCGCAAGCCCCUCCGGGCGCGGAGGACGAGGCGGAGCUUCGAGGGCUUCACAGCGCAGAGACCUUCGGCGCGAACGCGCAGGCGGCGCUGGAGCACCGGAGCCUCCAGCUGCUGCAGGAGAAGGAGCGCCUGAGGGAGAUGCAGCAGCAGCAAGAACAGCUCCUCGAAGAACUGCAGCAGCAACAGCAACAGAGACAGCAGCAGCUGCUUCUCCAACUGCAGCCCCCCGAGGGUCUCCACUGCGGCCCGGCAGGAAAACAGGCCCUAAGGCAGUUCUUCGAACAGGCGUACAUGCUAAGCCGCCCCAGUGCAGCGCCGGCGGCAGGCUCCUUGUCUCCCGCCAGCGUCGCACUGAGUGUCUGCGGCAGAUCGCGUUCCGUCGCGCGGGCGAAGGGGCCCGCGAUGUCGCCCUCGACGCCCGAAGACCUUCCGCCUUCCGCGGUGGUGCCUUCGCUGCUUCCGCAGGUCGCGCCGGCGGCUGGGUAUGCUUCGGACUCGCCAGCGCUACACCCGCCCCCCGGGGGCGCGCCCUCUUCGGCCGCCGUUUCGUCGGCCUUUCUCGCUUCGGCGGCCGCGCCUUCCGCCGCAGCUUCUUCGCGCAGCGCCUCCUCGCCCCCUCUCCUCUCCAACGUCUCGCCGGCCCUCGUGGUCUGCCGGCGGUGGCAGGCGACGCAAGGCCUGCGAGACGCUCGGGCGGCGGCGCUGGUGUCUCUGCUUCGCGCGAUGGGCGUGAAGCGAAACGCGACCUACCGCGGCGUCUUCGAGAGCGCGCUGCGCCCUAAGUUGCUUCUGCGCGCGGCGAAGCUUCGCGCGGUUGUCCGCCGCUUCUUUGAUGGCCGGCGCACGCCGGGCGCGGGGCGUCCGGCGGGCGCCGGCGACGGGGGGGCUGAUGAAGACGUCGACCUCGCGCGGCUCAAGGCCGUCGUCGUGCCGCAUCUCGGUGCGGAGGGCGAGGCCGUGUGGCGGGAUUGGGCUCUCGGGAUGCGCGAAGGGAAGAAGGCGCGUCUCUCUGGCGGCGCGCGCAGACCCCCCACGGGCGCAGGGGGGGCCUCCGAGACCGCCAAGGCUGCGGGCGGCACGCGAGACGGAGGCGGCGCCGGGACUGCCGCAGGGCGCGCGACUGCGGUCGCGACUCCCGCCUCCUCUGGGCUCCGGCGACGCAGCGGCCGGCGCGUCGCAGGCGACGACGGAGAGGCCGAGGCGGACGCCCGCAGUCGACGGGGGAGCCUUGUGCGCUCGGGGUUGGGGAAGACCGACGACGACGGCGGCGGGUUGCUUUUAAACUCCGCGGAGGACGACGGCCUGGCGGGAGGCAGCGCCGGGGAUGAGGACCUGCCGCCGGAGCGACUGCGCGAAGGGCACGAAGCGCUGCGCGCGAUUCAGAUGCUGUAUUCGGCGGUUGGGCGGCUGGCGCCGAUGUUCCAAGUGAGGCCGCUGCAGCCGAUUUUGGCAGCGGUGAUCGAGGCGCUGCAGCCGCUGCCGCUGCCACCGGCGGUGCUGAAAAUGGUUCUCGACGACACGCCGGCGGCGCGCGACUUUUACAAAAUCGCCCACACGCGCACGAAGCACUUGAUCUGGGUCAAGCAGCCGUGGAAGUUCUUCAGCGAAGUCUCGGCCGACCUUGACGCCUGCGUCGCGGUUCUCAAUACGAUGGCGGUGCCGCAGUCGGCGGCGGAGACCACCGGGGCGGUGCGGGCCGCGCUCACGUCGCCCUCGUACCUGCGUUUGCAUCAGGCGCCCUCGCGUCAGCUUGCUUCGGCGUCGCCAGAGAUCCCUUCCCCCUCUGCGCUGCUUCAGCAACACGUUCAGAAACUCCUAGAUUUGGUAGACGGAAAUCCAGCCAUCUACAACCUCCUCACGCUCGUCAUUCGGCUCAAGUUCAUUCUCUCGCUCCUGCCGCCGCGCAGCUACGUCAUCGACUUGCGAAAUAACCAGCAGCCUUAUCAGCAGUCACCCGGAGACACGCAGGCGGCUGGGGGGGCCACUCCGCAUUUGGUGGGCGCGUCCCCCUCGCCUCCUUUGCUGCUGGCCGCAGGCGGCGAGAAGGGCUGGGGCCGUGCAGCGGGAGGCCACUACAUUCCUAUCGUCCCUGUCGCCAGGGAUCUCGCCUCUUCUUCCUCGCAGAUGGUGCCCGCGCUCCGCGGCGCCUCUUCAGCAGCGGCAGGGCGACAGGCCCCGCCUUCCCCGUCCCCCGACAGGCAGGCCUCUCCCGCGGUGUUUGCCGCCGCGCGCUCCUCCUCUGCCGCGAUCGCGCGAACUGUCUCCGGCGAGUCUACGGGGCAGUCCGCCGACCCGUGUGUGCCUCCCACGAAACCCGAGCCGAGUCUCGCACGCAGUGGCGCGCCGGCCCCCGCGGCGGCAAGCGCCCCGGCCGAAGGCACGUUUUUGGGCAGCGCGGGUUCGACUCAGAAGCCUGCCUCGGACGUCGGCUUAUACUCGGAGAGAUCACGAGGCACGCCCGACGGCGGCGCCGCCUCGAAGGCCGAUGGCGGCCUUCCGCCGGACGGAGGCGGGGGGCGGGACAGCGCAGCGCCUUUCACCCGUGACCUUGCGGGAGACGCAGAAAGAAGCGCGUCCGCAGUGCGGCGCGCGGCUGCAGAAGGUGGCGCAGUUGUGCUUGCGCCAUCCCAAGAGGCGGCGGUGACGGCCGCCAGCGGCGUCUCGCGCGCGAGCCUUAUUUCGAGAGCGUGGUCUCAGGCCGAGUGCCAGUGGGGCCAGUUGCGGUGUCUCUUGGCCGUCGGCUACAGAGACAAAUUCAACUGCGACGACGCCGAGAUGAGGACUGUCGAUACCUGCUGGAGCGUCAUUCUCCUCGUAUCGGAAGUGAUCAGAAGCGGGACGAACUCGAUGGAAAGUGCGCGGCGACGCGACGAGCUGCUCAAGAGCUCCUCGAAGUCGCCGUUCGCCACUGCAGCUGGCGGCGAGGCCUCUGCAGAGAAAGCCGUACAUAUUCGGUCUAGCAACGAUCUUCUCGAUGUCUGCAUCGCGUUGAUGCAUCCGCUCUUCCUCCAAGCCGUCGCCGAAUCGCUCGCGCUCUCCUUCUACCGUCCUGACUUCCAUCCACUCAUCUUUCGAAGCCAGGAGCGAGUUUGGCGUGCCUUCGCAGUCCUGGGUCUCUCAGCCCCGUAUGUAGGCCUGACGAAGUUCAUUCUCGAGUCGCGGCCGUCUCCCGCCCUGGCGCCUCCGGUCGCUCCGACGCCGCCGCUCUCACCGUCGAGUCCGAUGCCUACCGUUCCUUCUCAUCUCCCCUCGGGGGGGUUCGAACCUCCAUUCUCUCUGCCGACAACGCCGGCCGCGUCUGUGCUCGCUGCGGGCGCCUCCGGGGGGGCGGAGGCCGCGUGGCGCGCGCCCGCGUCGCCUGCUGCGUGCCCUUCUCCCUCUCUUCGCGUGGCGGCGCGCGCCGCGGAAGUUGCGUCUCCUGCAGAAAGGCGCGCCGAUGCGGAGGCGGCGGCAGCGCCAGGAUAUCCCGAGCCCGUCGCCAGCGAGGAGACGCAGAGUGAGGGCGCAGGUUCGAUGGACAGUGUCCGUAGCGCUGGGCGCGCGUCGUCUUCAGCCAGAACGGCGAAGCCGGAUGCCGUGGCGAAUGCCGCGGAUCCUCCGCGCGAGGGCCCCAGCGAAAAGGCCGCGGCGGCGGGCGGGACUUUGCUCCCAGUCGGACCAAUCGAGUUGUCUUCGCACGUCGCAGCGGGGGGCUCUGUCUCUGGAGAGUCUUCGCCGUCGCUUCCUGCGGAGCGAGGCCCCGUGGGGUUUCCUCCAUGGCCGCCCAGCGCUGCAUCUGGGCUGUGUGCGGGCUGGGGGGGGCGCCCGCUGCUCCCUCCGCCGCUCCCGCAUGCGGGCGGCUGGCCUCGGCAGCAGCUGAAGCGCGGCAGUGCGAGUGUGGAGGCCAGCGGGGCGAAGUCGCUCUCCGCAGACGAGCGCCAGCAGAAGCGCCGCAAGGCGGGCGGCGGCGUCGACAUUCCCUUGGCGAAACUCGUUGCCUACGCGGCGGGCAGUUCGGCGGCCUUCCCCAGCGGCAGUGCCCCCCCGCCGGGGCCUGCCGCAGGCCCCGAAGCCCCCGCUUUCGCGAACGCCGGGGGGUCGGCGCUCUCGAGCUCUGUAGCGCCGGUGGCGCUGCUUCGCGGCGCGAACGGCAGGGCCUGCGAGAUGUUUCGGUGUUCGUUGGCAGACUUGCGGAGUACGCACUCGUUUCUCUCGGCGUAUCUGCCGCGGUUCCACACCGGCCUGUACGCCCAGUGCACGCAGAGUCUCCAGGCCUUUUUCGAUCUCGCACGGGCCGCCGCGACGGCGGCCGCAUGCGCGACUGGGGGGGACCAGAGCUGCUCCCUCGUCGCCGCGGAGGCCGUCGCGGCUGCGCUCUCGGGCAGCGACUGCGCUGGCGUGCCGUCCUCCGCCUCCGCGUUUUGGAUUAGUGACGACGGCGACUCAGCUACGCCGUUCUCCACCGCCACGCGCGCGAAGGACGGCGCGCCCGCCGGCGCGGGUGCGCACGCCGGAGCGGCGCCCCAGACGGAGGUGCUCAGCGGCCUCGGCGAGACGCCGCUGAGUCCCUCGCUGGCUCCGCAGGUGGCGCGUCUGAAGGAGAGGCUGCGGGCUCUCGCCAGAGACGCGGCGGGCGCGUGGCCGCCGAGUCUCGGUUUCAGCGAGCCGCCGCCGGCUGGGGACGCAACGCCUCAGGAGCUGAAGCAUCACGACGCAGUCCUGCCUCUCGCGAGCCUCGCCGCGACUGUUGCGGCGCUCAGUCUCCCGCAGGCAGGCGCGGGCGCGGGCGAGCCGCCUGCGACGGACGCCGGGGGCCUCGAGCCCGCGCGAAGGAGGGGCGAAAGCGAGGGUGCCGGGCGCGUCGAGCAGGCAGAAGAGGGACGGCGAGCAGCGGACGUGCCCGCGCGCGCGAGCCAGACCCAGGGCGCGGGAAGCGAGGAGAGCGGCGAGCGCGACAAGGGUGCCGAACCCAGCGCCUCUCCCCCCACAGGCACCCCCGGGUCCCGUGGCGGGCCUGCAGGGCCUCCGGUCGCCUCGCCUGCGCGCCCGCCGUCAGCCUGCGCCUCAGGCGCGCAGGCGCCUCGCGGGAGCGGGGCUGACCUCGCCGGAGCCGCGGCGACGGCAGGGCCCGGCGGCCUCGCGGCGUUCUGCGCCAAGCUCCGCGCCGCUGUGCAGCACUGCGGCGACGACGGCGUCUGUCGCCGCCUCCUCGUUGCCGGCCGCACAGAAAUCGUCCUCGCGAGACUCAUUCUCACGAGUCUGCUGCCGCUGACGGCCAAGUCGGAGGCGUUUCGAGCGCUGCAGCACGGCGUGCUUCGCCGAGUCGCUCACCAGGCUCAGGCGCUGCUGCUUCUGUCCUCCGCGCCCGAGGAGUUCGUGAAGGACAGCGAGACGACCUUUGCCGGCGAAAGCAGCGACGACGGCGAGCGUGAGGGGCCCGGAGCGCGGGGUGCGGGCGCGAAGGACCCGCGCAGGCCGCGGCGCAACUUCCGCGCGCUCUCCCUCGCCGAGGUCGACUGGCAGUUCCUCAUGACGCUGCGAACCUUCGUUCGGCUCGCCUCGACGCAGCAGGAAGGAGUGAGUCGCUUUGCGAACGCGCUCGACGGCGGCGGCCCCACGGAAGGGGCUGCGCUGGGGGUCUUCCAGCCGGCAGUCCUCGCUGAGAUGACCAAACUGCUGAGUCUGCUCGCGGAGCGCCACGCACUCUUUCUCCAGUUGAGUGUGGACCUGCUCAGGGUGCCGUCAGUCACGCGAGCCGUCGGCGCGCGUGCUCCAACACUCCUGAUGCAUGCGUGGAAGCUUGGGAAGCGACAGUUUAGCAACAAGCCCGCAAGCGUCGAGAGCCUCAUGUUCGCGCGGAGCUUUGGAGAGGCUGCCCGUCUGUCUCGGCUGUAA